CCAAAAGACAACACAGUCCAUGCUCUAUGCCAAGCUAAUCACAACCGUUAUAUUUUCUAGAUAGUUAUUACAAAAAAAAAAAAAAAAUUGGGAGCAUUAAAUACAAAUACUGAUUAAAGUCAACCGAUCGAUGAAUAACAAUGGCCGAAAGUGCAACACACUUGACAUCUGCUGUAUUCACUACAAAACCGUCCAUUUUUGAAGUUCUUGCUCAGGACAGUCUAAUGAGCACAAUAAGACCUGCUCUUAAACAUGCCGUCAAGGCAAGGAAUACAGAGACAAAGCCAGAUAAAUUUGCCUGGAUGCUGAGAUUUUAUGAUGAAAUAUACACUAUUCUUGAUCUAAUUCUCCAGAAUUAUUAUUUACAUUCAUAUAGUGGAUCUUUUGCUGAAAACUUUUAUGGUAUUAAAAGAAUUGCUUGUCAGAAGGAUCAAAAACAGGAAGAUACAAAACUUCCCAGAAGUUGUCUACUUAAGUCUAUAUUGUGCUUGGUCAUUUUACCAUAUAUCAAACAUAAGUUGGACUUCAUGUUUGAAGAACUGAGACACAAAAUAAACACAGGAAGACUGAGUCAGAAUACAUUGCUAUUUAAAUUAUACAAAGCAUUUGUAGCAGUGUAUCCCUAUGUCCAUAUGGUCUGGGAAGGCAGUAUUCUGGUACAUUUAAUAUCAUACAUGUUUGGUAAAUCUAAAUGGCACUCUCCAUUUGUCAGACUUUCUGGUGUAGAAUUAGUUCAUCAACAAGAGGAAGAUUUACAGUCAACACAUGUACAAAGUUCAGAAGUGUGGCAAGGUUUAAGCUUAAAUAAUAAAUUAUUAUUGGUAUGUAAGAGAGCAGUAAAUCUGACAGCAGUAACUCUGUCAACAGGUCUCUCAGUGGGGGUGUUCUUCCUUCAGUUCCUUGACUGGUGGUAUACUAGUGAUAAUAAUGCUCCAUCAUUACUGGCAAUGCCUACUCCAGACCCUCCAAAGUCUGAUGUAGAUGAGACACUUCCGCCUCAUGACAUAUGUCCUGUUUGUCUAAAGAGGAGAACAAAUGAUACAGCUUUAUCUGUGUCAGGUUUUGUAUUCUGUUAUCCCUGUAUCUAUGAGCAUAUCCAACAAUAUGGUAGCUGUCCGGUAACCAGUUAUCCUGCCAGGAAGGAACAUUUGAUUAAACUCUAUCCACCUGGGGCAUAGUAGCAGAAUAUUCAUCUCAUCUGUGACAAUGUUUUAUAUGAACUGGCCUACAACAGUGUGCUAUUUAUACAGAUUUCUUUUCAACCAGAAUGUUACUUAAAACAGUAGUACACAUAUCUUUAUUGAGAGAAAAUGUUAGAAAUGUCACCUGUGAAUAUACAUGUAAAUAGCAACUAGAUAAAGCCAGGCUUCUAUGGUACAGUACAGUAGUAACCAGCAAAGUUCAUGUAUCCCAGACAUUGCCUGAAAUGGAGAUUAGAAAUCCAAAUUCUCUGAUAGAGAAUGAAACAGGAUGUUUUUUCCUUAUUGUGCCAAAUGUGAAUUUAAUCAGAAAGCAAUAAUUUUAUGGUAACCAUUUUGAUUUUUUUUAAUUUAUUUUUUGUUGAAUGUUGUAAUUGUUAAAAUAAAUUAAUCAAAUUGCA